AUGGGUGCACUCUUUAGAAGUAAACAAGAACUAAUUUUGGCAUUUGGACAAUAUUGUGUUGAUGUGAAGAUGGACUAUCGAAUCAGACGUUCGUGCACAAUUCGAUUUGAGGCUGGUUGCAAGGAUGUGAACUGCAAAUUUAUGCUUCGUGCAAGAUGCAGACCUGGUUGUUCGUUUUGGCAUGUGGUGAAAUUUAUGCCGAGUCACACGUGUACUCCUGAUGUCUACGAUUCACAUUUUCGAAGUGUGAAGGCUAUUGUCAUCGGAAGUUUGUUCUCUGAAAGUGUGACGAGUAGUGAAUAUACACCUAGAAUGCUAAUGGGGGAGUUGUUGGAGCAACAUGGUGUGCAGAUUAUGUACACUAAAGCUUGGAGGUCUUUACAACAUGCAAAGAUACUUACUUAUGGUAAUGCGGAUGAAUCAUAUCAGCAACUACCCUCAUAUUUUCACAUGUUAAAAGAAACAAAUCCUGACAGCAUCACGGUAAUAGAGACAGAUGAAAAUAAUUGUUUUUUAUAUUCAUUUUUUGCACUCGGAGCUUGGCUUCAUGGUUUCCAGUCUUACAUAAGACCGGUUGUUGCCGUUGAUGCCACACAUUUGAAAGGUGAACACAAAGGGGUGAUAUUCGUUGCCACUUGCAAAGAUGGGGAGGGAAUGAUUUAUCCCAUCGCUUUUGGAUUUGGAGAUGGUGAGUCUGACAGAUCAUGGAUAUGGUUUUUGACGAAAUUGAGAGAGGCUAUCGGAGUGCGAGAAGAUUUAGUCAUUGUUUCUGAUCGUCACCAAAGCAUUGCGAAUGCGAUGAGUUGUGUCUUCCCUUCUGUCCCACAUGUCUUUUGUUUCUUCCACCUUAAGCAAAACUUGAAGAAACGUUGUAGACAACGAAAAGAUGUGAUGACUGCAUUCUACCUUGCAACAUACAGCUACACCACAAUAGAGUGUGAUACAUACUUGGCAGAAAUACAAUCGAUGCAUCCUCAGACUCACCUGACAUUUAUGGAAGCAAGACCGAAAAAGUGGUCACGAGCAUAUUGUCCAAGAAUAAGAUAUUCCAUGAUGACCACCAACAUUGCCGAGCGUGCUGCAGCUGCCAGACUCGAAACCAUUGUGACCUCCGCUGCAGUGGCACAUGUCAAUUUGGCGAAUGCCGAAACAUUAGACCGAGGAUGUCGUGUAGUUCCUGUAAUACAAGGGAACAAAUAUCUCGUGCAACAUGCAAAGGAAGGCGAUGGGAUAGUUGACAUUGUUGCGAGUACAUGUAGUUGUUGCAAGUGGGACAUUGAUCAAAUGCCAUGUCUUCAUGCAAUUGCUGUUAGCAGUUUCAUGAGGGUGCACUACCAUAUGCUUUGCCAUUCAUAUUACACCGCAGAUUGGGUCAGACGUGCAUAUGCACCUCCCAUCAAUCCUCUCCCUAACAAGGCUGCUUGGAUUCUUCCAACGUACGUCAGACAGAUGGUUAUACUCCCACCUGUGCAAAGAAGACAACCGGGUAGACCGAGAAAUGGUCGGAUUCCUUCCAUGGGGGAAGCUCGUUGA